CAAAAAAGCAAAGGGGGAGGCAGCAGCCAAGCCAGCACCUCAAGUCCAUUCGCAGCUCGGAGCGCACCACGGCGGCGCGGAGACGCGGCCAAGGCAAGGAGUACACAAGUCGAGCUGUGUAUUUGCCGCCGCGGCACAAGCAGCAGCAGCAGCAGCAGCAGCGAGAGAAGAAGCGGGCUGCCCAGGCUGACUCCACGCAAAGCCGCUCGCUCGCUGCCGCUUCUUGCCACCAGGAACAAAAGUGCAUGACCCAGAGAAGGAAAAAGUGAACCACUCUGAUGCUGCUACAGCUGCUACUGCUGCUGGGUGGGAUCUAACUCGGAAUCCAACUCUUGGGCGCUGCUGCUGAUGCCCAGGGCAUUUGGGGGAGGAGGAUUUUCAUCUUCUCUCUGGUCACGCUCGCCCGUACAAGCGGCGUGUCGGGUCGGGUUGCCGGCCUCGAUCCGGGAGAGAACCAUCUGCUUCCCUCGCGCGCCUGUUUUUCCACCUUCUGUUGUUUUCUUUCCGCCCUCCCCAUCCUCUCUCGCCGAGUAUGUUUCCGAGGCGGACCGGGUGCUGGAGAAGAACGCCGGCCGUGCGCUCUCUUCCCCCAGCUCUGGAUCAGGGCAGCGCCCUUUAAGCUGGGAGUGAUGCCGGAGUCAGGAAAGGCCACCGGGCGAGAGCAGCAGAUCCCAGGCGACGCUUCCUCCCCCUUGCGCGCAGGUUAGACCUCGAGAGAGAGAGCGAGCAGGCGAGAGGGACGCGCCGGGAUGUUUUCUGCGACGAGAAGAAACCCUGGGCUGCGGCAGGCGAGGAACUAGCACACGGAACUUGGCCGGACCGGGGCUGAGCAGGGCAGCAGCUUUCUCCUCUGCUACCUGCCCCUUCCUCGGGAAGAAGACAUUUCCAAGCACUCCUCGCCCCUCGUUGACAUCUCUUCGGCUCGCCUUGCUCCUCCUCGACCCCAUUCCGCCGUCGGAGCAAGGCAAAAGGACGGAUCGCACCACCCUCUUGGCACCUCCUGGAUCGGCCAGACGAAGUCCAUGUGGAAGUUGGCUCGAUGGACGUGCCCGAGUGCGCUGCUGCUGCUUCUUAGGCGAUCGGCGGGAUCCUAAAGGUUGACGAUCAUGGUUGCCAGGACCCACUCUCUACUAGCGCUGCUGCUUUAUCACGUGCUGCUGGGGGAGACAGCCAGCCUCAUCCCAGAGGUGGGUGACCGGAGACGGUUCAGUGGCGAAUUGGGCCGGGCUGCCCCACUGCAGCUCUCGGAAGGGAUCCUGCGAGAAUUUGAGCUGCGCCUGCUCAACAUGUUUGGGCUCAAGCGGCGGCCCACACCAAGCAAGAACGCCAUUAUCCCUCCUUAUAUGUUGGAGCUCUACCACCUGCACACCAGUCAGAAGCCAACUACUAUGGACUAUAACCUGGAGAGAGCCACCAGCAGGGCCAAUACUGUCAGGAGCUUUCAUCAUGAAGAAACUCUGGAAGAGCUUCCAGAAAGAAUUGGGAAAACAUCUCGGCGAUUCUUCUUUAACUUAAGUUCUAUCCCUACUGAGGAGUUUAUCACUUCUGCUGAGCUUCAGGUUUUUCGGGAACAUAUCCACGAUGCCUUUGAAAACAACAGCAGCUCUUACCACCGUAUUAAUAUUUAUGAAAUUAUAAAGUCAGAGGGAGAGGCCUCCAAGGACCCUAUCACAAGACUCUUGGACACCCGCUUGGUGCAUCAUAAUGCCAGCAAAUGGGAAACUUUUGAUGUGACGCCAGCUAUAAUGAGGUGGAUUGCACAUGGACAACCCAAUCAUGGGUUUGUGGUAGAAGUAGUUCAUUUGGACAAUGAGAACAGCGUCUCCAAGAGACAUGUCAGGAUCAGCAGGUCUUUGCAUCAGGAUGAUGUUAGCUGGUCUCGAAUCAGGCCGUUACUAGUCACCUUUGGGCAUGACGGAAAGGGACACCCUCUCCAUAAGAGAGAGAAACGUCAAGCAAAACUCAAACAACGCAAACGACAUAAAUUCAAUUGUAAAAGGCACCCUUUAUAUGUGGAUUUCAAUGAUGUAGGGUGGAAUGACUGGAUAGUGGCCCCACCAGGUUAUAGUGCCUACUACUGCCAUGGAGACUGCCCUUUUCCAUUGGCAGAUCAUCUGAACUCCACAAACCAUGCCAUUGUUCAGACUUUGGUCAAUUCAGUGAAUUCCAAAAUCCCCAAAGCUUGCUGUGUGCCGACAGAACUGAGUGCAAUCUCCAUGCUCUAUCUUGAUGAGAACGACAAGGUUGUACUAAAGAACUAUCAAGACAUGGUUGUGGAGGGUUGUGGGUGCCGCUGAUGCAGCAGCAGUGAAAUAAAAUGGACAGAUUUAAAGAGAGCGAAAAAAACUUGACACUUUAAUAUUUCCCAAUGAAGACUUUAUUUAUGUUAUGAAAUGGAGAAUUAAACACUACUAUUUUGAAAAUCUAUUUAUGUCUACAAAAAAAAAGUGAGGAGAAAUAUUUUAAUCAGAGAAUUAUUCCUUUUAAAAGAUUUUAAACAUAUUUUAGUUGUACAUUUUAUAUGGGUUUAACCCCCUCCCCAGCACAUGAAGUAUAAAGGUCAGAUUCUUAUUUUGUAUUUAUUUACUAUUAUAACCACUUUUUAGAAGAAUAGCGAAUUUGUAUUUAUAUGUAUAAUCAAAAAAAGAAGAAAAUAUAGGGUUUGUAUAUAAUUUAAAACAAAUGGUAGCUGUUUCAGUUGUGUGUAUUUAAGUAAGUUGAAAUGUGUACAUGGAAGGGUUACUAUGGCAAAGGUGCAUAACACAUUUUGCUUUCUGCAGUUCUACUGUUAAGGUCACAAGUGCAAGCCCAAUGAAAAGUGGCUAAUCCACCCUGCUGACUCAAGAUUAUAUUGUACAAUUCUCAGGAAUGCUGCAGGGUGGGCUGCCCAGUCCAUGAGAAACUGGCAUCCUCUUGAUGUGGAGCAUUUGGAUAAGAACCAGACAUUGCUGAGCAAGUAGAAAUAUGCUGUUCUUCAUGAAGGUGUGAUGUGACCACCAACUGGGCAGACAGAACCCCCCUCCCUUUUAAAAAAAAAAUUCACACUUACAGAAAAGCAAAAUGUUUAUGCUGUUCCUCCCCUUUAAGUAGUUCAUCCAUUGGAAUCCUUGUCCGGGCCAAUAUUAAAUAAAAUACCAGAUUUCUUCAGUUUUUUAAAAGCUUAUUUCUAUUCCCUUUUCCUAAAAGCUUGUAAGACAUAAUUUUGUGCUACUAUGCAACACUUAUUUAACACCAGAAUUUUGCCAGCUACUAUACAAAACACAUCAGUAAUACAGGCCUUGCUCAAAAUCCUUAAAAGCUACAUUGACCUAACAUUUUUGGGAAGGGUGGCUUGUUGGAGGUAACAACGAUGUGUGCAGAACUACCUCUGCCUUUCUAGAAGUAUGAUGUGCAUAAA